GGAUGGUGGUUUCAUCACAACAGCUGCUUAUUGGUACUGAAGGAACACUCCCAUAGCUCUGUGUAUAUAAAGAUAUCUGUGGUGAAAAGUUGUAUCAAAGCAGCAGUUUUUUAGAGGAACUUUGUGGUCUUAUUAGCAAAGCAACAAGUGGAAUCUAUUUUGCAGAGAAAAGAUGUUGGACUAUGAAGUGACUGUAUUCACUGCCAACCGCGCCACUGCUUCAACCUUUAACAACGUGUUCAUCAAACUGAUUGGCUCAAGUGGAGAGAGUGAACGCAAGUGGCUCUGGAACUUCAAGGGAGCUUCAGCAUUUGUCAGAGGAGCCGUGGCAUGUUUUAGAGUUUCCUGUUGCACCUCCCUGGGAAAACUGGUGCUGAUAGAGCUUGACAAGCAGCCUCUUUUGCUGUUCCCAGAAGAUUCAUGGUUCCCAGCAAAAGUAGAAAUCAAAUCCCCAGAGGGAGCUUGUUACACCUUCCCCAUCUACCGCUGGAUUAAUGACAACAAGGUGCACCGCUUUAGAGAGGGAACAGCUCUGAAAGGGUUUGAAGAUAAACAUCAUCUUGGCAGGAACAGCAGGGAGCAGGAGCUCAAGGAGCGUCAGGAGGACUAUUGCUGGGAUGUGUAUUUGGAGGGAAUUCCUCACUGCUUGAAGGCAGAUGACCUGCUCUCUCUCCCUUAUGAGGUCAGAUUUUCCUUCACCAAGCAGACAGAGUUUCUUUUCACAGCAGGGGCAGGACUGACAGAGCUGAAACUGAAGGGAUUGGCAGAAUGUAAAAUGGGAUGGGCGGACCUCGAUGCAAUCAACAGGGUGUUCUGUUGCAAACAGACUGACAUGUCAGACUAUGUCCAGCAACACUGGAAGGAUGACGACUUUUUUGGCUACCAGUUUUUGAAUGGGGUCAAUCCCAUGUUGAUAAGACGCUGCACCGUCUUACCAGACAACUUCCCUGUUACUGACAACAUGGUAUUCCCUGAUUCUCAGUUCAGCUUGGCCGAAGAAAUGGAGAAAGGCAACAUAUUCCUUUGUGACUACAAGCAAAUGGACGGAGUGAAAGCUAGCACUAUCAAUGACAAGCAGCAGUACCUGAUGGCUCCACUUGUUUUGCUCCAUAAAACUCCAGAUGAUAAACUCAUGCCUAUCGCUAUUCAGCUGAAGCAGAAACCAGCAGAAGACAACCCAAUUUUCCUGCCAUCAGAUUCUGAGUACGACUGGUUGUUGGCAAAGAUUUUUGUGAGAAGUGCAGAUUUCAAUGAGCAUCAGCUAAAUGUUCACCUGCUGCGUACUCACCUGCUAGCCGAGGUGUUUGCAGUGUCACUGUUGCGCAACGUGCCCAUGGUGCACCCUCUCUACAAGCUUCUCAUACCUCACACCCGCUACACUCUACAGAUCAACUCCUUAGCUCGGAAAACCCUAAUAUCUGAGGAGGGUGUUUUCACCAAAUUUUCAGCUUCUGGUGGCGAUGGUAUGAUCACUAUUCUAAGGAGAUCUCUGACCUCAGUGACAUACAGCUCCCUCUGUGUGCCUGAAGACAUUGCUGAGCGUGGGCUAAAGGACAUACCAAACUUCUACUACAGAGAUGAUGGACUCAGACUGUGGAAUAUUAUCAACAGAUUUGUAUGCGGUGUCCUAAGCCACUACUACAAGAGCGAUCAUGAAGUUAAGCAAGACUCUGAGCUACAACAAUGGAUUUUGGACAUUUUUGAACAUGGAUUCCUUUCUCAUCCUUGCAGAGGAAUUCCUCAGAAACUAAAUACAGUGGAUGAACUCAUCAAGUUUGUCACCAUGGUGAUCUUCACUGGCUCAGCCCAGCAUGCUGCAGUGAACACUGGGCAGUAUGACUAUGGCGGUUGGAUGCCAAACACUCCAAUCUCCCUUAAACUUCCGCCACCAACCAAAAAAGGGGAAGCAACUGAGGAAACAAUGCUGAAGACGCUGCCGGACGUCAACGUGACAGUUCAGGGAAUGGCCACCAUGUGGCUGCUCAGCCAGCAGUCAAGUGAUUUUGUACCUCUAGGCCAGUACCCAGAGGAGCAUUUCAGUGAGGAGACUCCAAGGCAGAUGAUAAAGAAGUUUCAAAAGGAGCUGAAGGAGUUAAGUGCCGCCAUCAAACAGAGAAACAAGGAGCUAAAAGUGCCGUACACUUACAUGGAUCCAGAGGAGGUAGAAAAUAGUGUGGCUAUUUAACAAAAGGAAAACAGUUUUUCUCUAAGCCUUCUAAUAGAGGCACACAGUGGCUUUACUGCAAGGAUCUUUAAUAUGCAUUAUAACGACUUUCUAUUGGUACGUUAGGGAAAAAAAUGACUUUUCAUUAUUUCAUUAUUUUUAUUUUUGGUUAAAAUUAACAUUUUUCAAAGUAGAUAUUUAGUGAAAUAUUAUCAUCUGGAAUGUAUAAAUAUGAAACAUAUAUCACUGUUUAGAUUGUUUUUCUUUGCUGUUUAAAAGGACCAGCUGCCCGAAAGCAUUUGACACUGUAUUUUGAGACAUGGCAUGCAUUAGGAAAUUUUCCAUAGAAAACUUACCUUCAUGGCUUAUAUUUUUGUAUUGUGUGAAUAGAUGAAUAUAGCAUUCUAUCAGAAAAAAAACAAACAAACUUUUUGUUUCACAUUCACUCAAAAGAAUUUAUGUGUGUAAUAGAAUGAUUGCUGUACAAAUAAAAAUGUUAAUCA